CUUUGCUGCACUCGCUGUUAUAAGGCAGCCCAGCUUUAGGUGCCUCUAGGUGUGAGCGGAUCCCCUGACAACUGCACAGACAGCAACAGAGGCCUGCAGGUGUCCAGUCACAGUCGCUCUCUCCCUCUGCGUUGGAAAGCCUUAAAAGUGCAGCACCAUGUCGAUGGGUCUGGAGAUCGGUGGGGUGGCGUUGUCGGUGCUGGGCUGGCUAGGCACCAUCAUCUGCUGCGCACUACCUAUGUGGAGGGUGACAGCCUUCAUUGGAAACAACAUUGUGACAGCCCAGAUCAUUUGGGAAGGGCUGUGGAUGAACUGCGUGGUACAGAGCACGGGCCAGAUGCAGUGCAAGGUCUAUGACUCCAUGCUGGCGCUGCCCCAGGACCUGCAAGCAGCCCGAGCCCUGCUGGUGGUUGCCAUUGUGCUGGCUGUGCUGGGCCUCCUCAUCGCCCUGGUUGGGGCACAGUGCACCCGGUGCGUGGAAGACGAGACCUCCAAAGCCAAGAUCACCAUCGUGGCUGGUGUGAUCUUCCUGCUGGCUGGGGUCAUGACGCUCAUCCCCGUCUGCUGGUCUGCCAACACCAUCAUCCGGGACUUCUACAACCCACUGGUGCUAGACCCCCAGAAGCGGGAGCUGGGUGCCUCUCUCUAUGUGGGAUGGGCAGCUGCAGCGCUGCAAGUGAUCGGGGGCGCUCUGCUCUGCUGCUCCUGCCCCCCCAAGAGUGAAAAGUACCCUGCAAGCAAGGUGGCAUACUCUGCCCCCAGAUCUGCAGUGCCCAGCUAUGACAAGAGGAACUAUGUGUGAAGAGAUGACUGGAUGGGACCUCUCCUGCCGCCCCACUCCAACUUAUGAAACUGUUCCAGUUCUUUACUGUUGCACUCUGGAGACCUUCCUUUCUGAUGGAAACAUGGCCAUCCCUUGCCAUCCCUGGGACAAAAAGAUGAACGGACAGCAGAAGGGGCUGCUUUUGAGAACUCAGACUGUCAUUCCCAGUCCUUGGGUGGAGAAGGAACUGCUUGCUGUCUUUUGACCACAGAGCUUCUGACAAGGGCAGGUGCCUCCUGACUCGCAUUAAUUCCUGUCUGGUGGGUGUUUUGUCUCUGAUAUAUUGUGCUCUGAAACUCUCUCACCCCCCCACCCCGUCCUCUCUGGGCAUUGGGAGAGUUCAGUCCCUGGGGCUGGUUUCUUCCUUAGACCCAAAGUACUCCUCAAACCCAGACUCUGUGCUUCAGCAAAGGCUUUCGAUAAGAAGAGAAUCCUGUGCCCAGCCCCGCAGCACAGGGACUGGCUGGGGGAGCUAAUGGGUGGGGGGGAUUGGUGGCAAUGGCCGCAGCAUCCCCUUAGACCUGGGGCAGGCUCUGCCCUCAUGCUGGGAUCCUUCACACUCCUUUAUCCCUCACUUUCCCUGCCCUCAUAGGAUUUAUCUCUGAAACAGCUUCCAGGGUGUGUAAGGGUUUCUCCCACCCACUCUGUUCAGCCCUUUUGUAUGCCCUGAAGCAGCAAGGGCAUGGAUCUGUCUGGAGCACGAGCUAAUGAACACAGGUGCCCCACCCUGCCCCAGCUCAGGGCACCAGCGCCAUUUCUUUGAGCUGGCAGUGGGAGAGGCCAGGAACAAGGCAGCUGGGAGCUUUCCAGCCUUGUCUUAGCAGCCAUGUCCCAGCACAGAAAAUGGUGGCUCAACAAGACUCAGUGAGCAAAGCCCUAGCUGUGGGACAUUGUAAGGGGCCUGAGUAGGGAGCGGGCUGGGACUAGACUAGCAGAGCCUUCUGUCAGUAAAAUGCUCUCCAUUAGACCGGACUGGGCUGGGCUGGGCUGAGCUGCGCUGGGGCUCCCUGUGGGAUCAACAAUUGUGUAAAUAAAAAUGGUUUCUUGUAAAUAAACACAGUUUUUGUAGCUGGAA